AUGGUUAAUCCCACAGGCACUGGCCCCCGGCUGUUCCGGGAGGCCCUGAAGCGGAAGAUAUGCCUGAUCGGCCCGGGCGUUUUCGACGGCGUCUCGACCAAGAUCGCGUCGGCGGUGGGCUUCGACUUCCUGUACCUAGCCGGCAGCGGCGCGACGGGGUCGGCGGUCGGCCAGUCGGACCUGAGAAACACACACCUGCCCGUCAUCGCGGACGCCGACACGCGCUUCGGCGGCCCGCUCAACCUCCGCCGCGGCCAUCUACCCCUGAACCGGCUUCAUCCGGGCCACGCUGGCCUUGCGGAGGGCUCGGACCUCAAGUACUGCAAGGGCAACAAGAUUGUCAGCUUCUUUGAGCAGCUGGGCCUCCAAGAGGCCUUGGAGCUUGACGAGCAAAUCGAAAACUGGUCGAGGCAUGAGGCACAGCACACGAGCGAACGGCAAGAAAGUUGA